CAACACACACACACACACACACACACACACACACACACACACACACACACAGACGAGGUCCUCUUCCUGAUGUAGGGGGUGAAGGUGUGUUUCAGCGUCAGGAAGGCAGAGAUCUUCUUCGACGAGGCCAAGUACAUCUCAUGGGCAGUUUACAACAUAGCCCUUGUCAACAUCGUUAUGGUGGCCUUCCACCUCAUCAUCUUCCCCGACGCGGGUCCUGACGUCAAGUAUCUCUUCGGCUUCCUGAGGACCCAGUUCAGCACCUCCACCACUGUGCUGCUCAUCUUCGGGGCCAAGUUCUACCGGAUCGUGCAGGGGACGGGAGACCUGUACGAUAACCGGGCCAGAGCCAAGGGCGUGACGGCAAGCUUCUCCCUCAACGGCCUGGGCGUGAUGAACGACGAGCCCGCUGACUUGUCCCAGGAGAACGAGGAACUCAAGGAGGAGAUACAGAAGCUGGCGGCGCAGAUGGAGUUUAUGAAGAUCGUGCACAUGGAGAUGAACAACCGCCACCUCAAGCCGAAGCCCAGUGGGUACUUCAGCGACAAGAACCCCGCGAUGGCCGGCCCGACGUCCCCGUCUGGGCCACGCACCACCUACGCGGGCCAGGAGAACACCCCUGCCAAGCUGUCCUCCCCCUGCAACUGAGGUGGCCGACGAUAGGGUAUGACUAGUGGCCAACAGUAAAGAGGUGUGGCUGUAGACUGCGGCGGGGCGUAGAGUCUGCCAAGGAAGCGCAGUUCUGUUUGUAUGUUGAGUGUGGUUGGUGGCUUUCCUGGCCCGUAUUCUGGGUAUUGUCGUCACUUCGGCGUCUAUAUCGACUAUUUUCAGGCUCUAACAGGUUAUUUAAGUUUCCUCAGGGUGUUUUGGUCAUGUUUCUAGUGAUAGUUUAACAAGGGGUGCGCAUCGUUAGUAAAAACACGCCCGUGAGGAUUUAGGUAACCAUCUGUCUGAGGAUAGUUUUAAUGGGACUGUUUAUAAUAUGGGUCCUGUGGUGGUGAAGGUGAGGGUUUGUAUAGUGACGGCAAGGAGUCCCGUCACUGCAGUCUUACGGUGUUGUGAGUGAAGCGAUGGGCGUGUUUGUUCUGAGCCCCGUGAACCCGUGAGUGAUGCAGUGAAGUGGGAUGUGGUGCUUCACGCGUUCAGGAUUCAGCGGCACGUCCAGAAUUGGUGCCGCGUCUGUCUGUCUGUUUGUGCAUGUGUUGCCUCGAUGCCUCCGCCAGCUGUCAGUCCUUCGUCAGGCCAGCCAGUCAAGUGUGAUGUGGGUUCAUAUUCUAAAAUACUUCCCUCCGCACCUCCAUUGUUUUCAAAAGGCCCCAGUUGAAGUUGCAUGGGUUUUUAAGGAUGUUUUUUACUGUUCUAGUGACAGUAAUAAGAUUUUUACAUUAUUAACAGGAGAAACACUCUCGAGAACCCGGCUAAUCAUCUCUGUGGCCUUUGAAAAUAGUCGUGGUGAGAGAGCAAAGAGUUUCUGAAUGCGGGUCGUGAUGUGUGUGUGUGUGUGUGUGUGUGUGUGUGUGUGUGUGUGUGUGUGUGUUUGCGCGCUUCAAAUAUUUUUUUUUUUUUAUUUCAGGAAUAUAUGUGAAAAAAAAAAAACAUUGCUUUGAUCUAACCAGCACCUAAGUGAAUGACCGGAUUGGCACUGGCUGGCUGGCUGGCUGGGAGAGGUAGAGCCAACAGAGGCACCCCAGACAGCACUGACAGACUAACGUACCACCUGCUUUUGGUUCUAGCAAGGGGGGGCGUUGACAACAAGUGAGGGCAGAGGUACAGGAAGGAGGUGUGGGUGUAAUUUAGUUAAGCAGGAAGCAACGGUGUAUAUUUCGUCUUAGUUAAUCUUAGUUGAGGUUCGUGCACGCAGAGGGAGGCGCUGACGAAGGCAGUGACGAAGACGAGGACUUUCCCGUGUGCGUGUGGAAGCCUGGGAACCACAUUCUAAAACACUUCCUCUCCACACCUCCACUACAUUCAAAAGGCUCUAGUUGAAGCUACACGGGUUUUUAAAGGUGUUUUUAUGGUUCUAGUGAGAGAUUGACAAGAUUUCUAUGGUAUUAAUAGAGGAAACAGUGUUGAGAACCCAGCUAAGCGUUUCUGUGGCCUUUGGAAAUAGUCGUGGUUGAGAGAGUAGUGUUUCUGAAUGCGGGUCGUGAUGUGUUUGUGCACGUGUUGUCUCGAUGUCUCCGCCUGCUGUCAGUCCUUCGUCAGGCCAGCCAGUCAAGUGUAGUGUGGGUUCCUAUUCUAAAACACUUCCCUCCGCACUUCCAUUGUUUUCAAAAGGCUCCAGUUGAAGUUAAAUGAGUUUUAAGGGUGUUUUUACUGUUGUUAGUUGUUGGCGUGGUGCUUCAGGCCAUGCGAUACACUUCAUGGUAACGAACACAGAACCCUUGCGUGCACGGACUUCAGAUUCUUCCCCUUAGGUUCUUGUCCUGCAGUGUAAGGGAAGCACUUGGUUGCACUUAGAUCACUUCACACCACGUCACUGCUCGAUCCCUUCCCGUCACUGUAUCGCGUCACGGCUUUAGUUAGGAGGUCACAGGUGGAGUUACAGCGUAGCAGGUCACAUGAACGUCAGCCACUUCUGUUAUGGUCUGAUUGGAUGAUGUUAGGUUGGGUUAACUUACAUUUGAUGACCUAAUUCAACCUAACGUAACCUAAUCUAACCUCACCUGACUUGAUCUAACCUCAUUUGACCUUAUUUGACCUAACCUAACCUCACCUAACCCCACCUGAGCUAACCCAACUUUACCUAACUUAACCUAACCUAACCUAACCUAACCCAACUUUACCUAAACCAACCUAACCUAACCUAAUCCCAAUACACCUAACAAAAAAAAAAUAAAUAAAUAAAUAAUAAAUGAUAAUAAAUGUUGUGAUGGCUGAUAUUCAUGCGACCAAACUUUUACAGCGCACGAGAACAAACAAGAAUAGUGAUAACAAUAUUUUCAUAGACCCAAACUCCAUUCCCAGUCUCCACGUCACUCCGAGGGAACAAUGGAAAAAAGAUGAACACUAGACACCUGACAUUCCUUACCUGGGCGUCGGUGGAGCAGAGAUGUUCGGGAGUGGAGCUAAGACAAAAAAAAAAUAACAAUAAAAAUAAGUUCUCGAGGUGUUAGUGAAAGGAAAGACGCUGAAAAGGAGAGAGAGAGAGAGAGAGAGAGAGAGAGAGAGAGAGAGAGAGAGAGAGAGAGAGAGAGAGAAUCAUUCCAAAACAUCUCGGUGUCUCAUCCGGGCUGCUUUCAUUGGCUGUAGUGGAUGUUAAUUGGAUUUUUCAAGGGUGUUUUCAAGACUAGCAAUAACUUAACGAGAACUUUACACCACUAGUGAGAAGAAGAUUACCCGUGAGACCCCGAACAAUUUUCUGAG